AUGGACCCAACCCUUAGCCCCGUCGAACACGCAGCAGAGAUUACGGAAAAGAACGGCUCGUCAGGCUCGACCUUCGAAGAGUUCACGAGUUCACUUUCUGUGAGGAGCCUUCCAAGAUACGAAGAUGUCGAGAAAGCGGACGUGGAGGUGCCAAAGGCAAUGAAGCAAGCAGUAGAUACCGACACAGAGGGCUCCUUUGAGGAAGAAUGGCUUCCAAGCCUAAUCAGCUUCUUCAUCCACCUUAUCAUCCUGAUAGGCUGCGCCACGAAGCUGUACGUUGACCGGAACAACAACGACUUCCACUGCGGCUCGCCCGGCGCAUUAGUGUGCUGGACCUUCAUUAUCGGCAUUACGGCGAGAGGGAUCGACAACAUGCUAAGGGAGUCAAUGAACCUACACUUCCCAGAAGGGCGUCUACACAACGUGCACGCCCGGAAUUUGGAAUUCGUCGUCCGCAGCGGCUGGUCGGUUUCCGUCGUUGGGACCUUGGUAUUUCUUUGCCAUAUUCAGUGGCGCAUCUGCAAUAUGCGCGACCCAAGCUGUUUCACCUGA